GUCCAGUCAAGUAUCUAUCAGCUUCACAUACUCAUAAGCCAAAUUACCAUAACUCCUUCGAUAACUUACCAUCCAUUCGAUACUCUAUCGCUUCUACCAUUGUGGUGUAUACAUUUCGUUACCUUUUUCCAAAACAGAUCCUAUCAUUCCCGUUGGACAAUCAUCAUCAUGGCGAAGUUUAUGAAUAACAGCAGUAGUAGUGGCAAUCAGUUACAAAGAUUGUUCGAUAAGAACCCCCAGACUUCUUUCCUUGCAAGCUGCUAUAGCGUCAACGCCCGCACUUCGGGUGUUACUGGGUUCCACUAUUGCGCUACGUCGGGGUUUGGGGAACAGUGGUAUCCCUGAGGUCCCCUCGGGGCCAAAACCAUUCGCAUUAAGUCCUCCCUUUGAGCUGUGUAAUGCUCCAGACAUGAGGAGCAGCCGGUGGGCCGACAGUCCAUCGGAACUCAAAGAGGAGGCGGCGUAUACCAUCCCGGGAGAGUGUGAGAGGCUCUUCUGUGACAAUAUGGCUACAAUUUUCCUUGGUGAGGGGAGUUUUGUCCGGCCUGAGUCAUUUGGGAUGGAUGCGCUUGAUGUCCGACCCGACGAAGCAAAGAAGGAGCGCACGUGUAUUCAAAGAUGGGUCGAAGUCCUGGAUUACACAAGCGACGCUGUCUAUCGUGGGUUUGUGGGGAGUGUUGGUGAAGAACAAACGCUAUUUGUCUUCUUUGAAGAGGGUAUUCCAGGAUACAAUCUUAAGACUGGAUUGAUGGCCCUAUUUGAACUUGCCAACCUGUCUGAUUUUGGGUGUACACGAAUUGUUGCAUGCAUUUCGCGAUCCCAAGAUUCGACAGAGCAUGAAGUGAUCAGAAACUUAGGCUGGUGUGGGUUUAGCUUGACUACUCUACAGCCUUGGUGCAGUAAGAACCACAGAGAACCUGUGAUCAGCGCGAAGUGGCUUUUCUUGAGUGCCGAAGUUUAAAGGCGGAGUACUAAUAUGAUCUACCCCCGCAUGUCAGCAAAUUAAGCGCAUUGCAACGGACCUGUAUGAUUAAUAUGACACCUUAAUAUAUUUAUUUACUAUCCCUGGGUGACAAUGACCGGGGCAG